UAUCUCAGCGACAACGACUUUGAAGUGCUUCCCCCGGAUAUCAGCAAGCUGAGCAAGCUCCAGAUUUUGAGUCUCAGGGAUAACGAUCUGAUCUCGCUGCCCAAGGAGAUCGGGGACCUGGCCCAGCUCAAGGAGCUCCACAUCCAGGGCAACAGGCUCACAGUGCUGCCCCCGGAGCUCGGCAACCUGGAUCUGACCGGCCCCAAGCAGGUCUUCAAGGCCGAUCACAACCCCUGGGUCACCCCCAUCGCCGACCAGUUCCAGCUGGGCAUCUCGCAUGUCUUCGAGUACGUCCGCUCCGAGACCUACAAGUACCUGUACGGUCGGAACCUGCAGGCCAACCCGGAGCCCCCCAAGAAGAACACGGACAAGAGCAAGAAGAUCAGCCGCAAGCCGCUGGCCGCCAAGAACAAGUGAUGAGAGAGUGAUGGAAGAGGAGGAGGAGAGGCUAAACCUGCUCUCACUGCAUGUGCCUUUUAACGCCCACUUUUCAUUAGAAUUUUCCCUGUUUAUCUUUUCUUUUUGGCGUCCUUAUUUAUCGUUCAUUUUAUACUGCCUUGUAUUUCUGAAGUCCUUGUCGCAGCAGUGCCUCCUCGAGUCGUCGUACUCCGGCUGUGCGUGGACCAGUCUCUGAUCUCUGCCGUUCUGCAGCUGUUUUGUACUGAUUAAAUGAUGAUUUCAGCUUUUAAAACACAAAUUCCCAUUUCUUCUUUCUUCUUCAACUCUUCAACCAUGCAUCUCCUGUACGGCAAGCUCUAUUCCCUGGCAUGGUUUAAUUUUACUUUCGGUCGCACAUACAGAAGGAGAUGUGACCAGACAUAGGGGCAAGCCAAUCUAAGGCCCAAUCCCAUUUCUACCCCUUACCCCUCUCCCUUGUUUUACCCCUUCCCCUUACACCUUCAAAACAAGGGGGAGGGGUUAAGGGGAAGGGGAUAGGGGUAGAAAUGGGAUUGGGCCUUAGCCUAUCUGCCUUUUGGCUAGGUUGAAACUACACUUCAUAUCAAGCAAACAACCAAAUCUUAAUUCCACUUCAUGACGGUUGCAGAGAACUCGCCUUUUUCUCGUGUGACAGCCAGACACUUGACUUUGUUGUCCUUUUCGUAAUCCGGGCCCUUACUGUGACCUGCGGAGCCCCCACUGACUCAGGUCUGGCUGGGAACAAGCUGCCAUGGGGCCCCACCAGCGGCUGAUCGACCCCGGGGCCCCUGUCAGGAAGAGGGCUCAAACAACCCGGGGGGACCACCAGACCCUCACACACGUGGGUCUCAGCUAUGACACACACACACACACGUGUUUGUGUGUGUGUCCUAGCUAUGUUUAAGGCAUGAGAUAGAGAGGUUGUUAGCUACCCCUCAAACUGUUGGGUCACGACCACAAGGGAAGAAGAAUCUCUCUGGUUCACUCACACGCAGUCACACACGCAUAUAUACAAAUACACAUACACACAAACCUAGUGCCUUUUUAGUUAAGUCGCUUUGUUUGUAAUCGCCUGCUGUUCAAUUGCCUCUCUCUGACUUUCUUUCUACUGUCUUUGCCUUCCGUCAGACAUCGUGGCUUCUCCACGUUUAGUAAAUCUGAACAAUAGGACAUUGACAAUGAUGCUUAGAUAUUAUUUUUAUACACGUCACCCUUGCGAUUGAAAAAGACUGAGUUAAUGACCACAUCCUUAAAGUACAAUACCCACUUGUAGCUCCUCAAUUUCUCCAACUGGACUCCAUUACGGCUCCUUUUAUAGUGUUCAUUUCACUGUGUGUGUGUGUGUGUGUGUGUGUGUGUGUGUGUGUGUGUGUGUGUGUGUGUGUGUGUGUGUGUGUGUUUGUGUAGGCGCACGAGCGUAGGCAUGUGGUGUGCUCCUGUAAGAAAGACUGAUUUCAAUUGUUCUAUUUCUCUUUUCCGUUGGCUCUGAGUGUUUUUCCUCCUAUCUGGGACAAACCCGGAACCCAAUAUUAGCCCCGAUUCACGGGAACAAGUUAUUUUUAAAGAGUACGCAGAAGAAGAAGAAAGAAUUGAGGCACUCACCUUACCGUCCGUCACAUCACAACUUGUUGCAAUUGUAAUCACUCCAAUUCUUCUGUAUUAAUACCGAAUACAAAAGAAGUUGAAAAGUUGAAAUGUGCAGGACGUCACAUGACAGCUUUUUGCAAAAUGAACAAAUGUAAUCACUGCAAUUCUAUUGUAUUAAUUUGUAUCAUGCUUUUCUCGGGUGCCACGAUACACUGUUACAUGUACCAUUUGCUCUGUGUAUCAAUUAUUUUGAAUAAAGCAUUAUCGUUUGCGUAA